AUGGAGGCGACUGUGGACAAGUUUGGCCUUCGCCACCACAUGCAUUUUCGAGUUGAGUGCGUCUCGGCGUCGUGGAACGAAGACGGAUUCUGGGACGUCCGACUCCGCGAUCUCAUGACGGGCACGGAAUACGCGAGGACGGCCAGCAUUCUUGUGUCGGCGGUGGGCGGCAUCUCACGGCCUCGGGACGUCAAGUUUCCCGGUAUGGAUACGUUCCAAGGCGAAAUGUUCCACACGGCACGCUGGAACCACAAGUAUGACUACCGAGGGAAGAGAAUGGCCGUCAUAGGCAACGGGUGCAGCGCUGCGCAGGUAGUCCCCGAGGUUGCCAGGCAAGUCGCGCAUGUCACGCAGUACGCGCGAAGCCCGCAGUGGUAUCACGAACGGCCCAACAGGAGGUUUACGUGCUUCGAGAGGUGGUGCUUCAGGCACGUCCCGCUCCUGGGGCGAAUCCUGAGGCUUCGACUGUUCCUCGCGAGUGACAACAUGGUGACGACGUACGGACCGGGAGAGACGGCCACACGUCUGCGGCUGAGAGCAGAAGCUCACGCGAGGGAUUAUAUCGUGUCCACGGCGCCCCAGAAGUACCACCAUCUGCUCGUCCCGGAAUUUCCCUUGGGUAUGUUGAGGCCGUUUGUCCGUCGAGACUCCAGUCCUUCCCCCCCUGACCGGUCUGCAGGCUGCAAGCGCCGUAUUUUCGAUCCCGGCUACCUCGAGAGCCUUCAUCUCCCCAACGUCGAGCUUGUGCCUCACGGCAUAGAGGCCAUUGACCAGACGGGCAUCGUCAGCACCGACGGCGUCAAGAUCGAGUUCGAUGUCAUUGUCCUCGCAACUGGUUUCGACAUCCAGCGCUUUCUCGCGCCCAUGGAGGUUUACGGAAGAGGCGGCCGCAGUCUUUCGCAACAGUGGCAGGAGAGCCGGGGAGCCCAGGCAUACAUGGGGACCUAUGUCAACGGGUUCCCAAACUUUGCAAUUCUCUUUGGUCCCAACACCUUCCCUGCCCACAACUCGGUCCUCUUCGCGUCCGAAGUCCAAGUGGCUUUCAUCGCCAAAACAUUGCUUGCUCCCGUGCUUGACCGCCAGCUGUCGACCGUCGAGGUCAAGAGGACGGCGGAGGACCAGUGGGUGAGCCGCGUCCACUCGCGACUGCGAGGAGGCGUGUUCGAGGCCGGCUGCUCCAACUGGUACAUCAACAGCCACGGACGCAACUCGGCCUCGUGGCCCGGCUACGCGGCCGACUUUUGGAAAGAGUCGUUGAAGCCGCAGCGGGGAGUGUUUCUCAAGACUCGUCAAUCGCCGUGGUGGAUGUGGUACCGCGCGAAACGUUGGAUGCGGACCACAAGCUGGACCGCGUACGGUAUCCUGGGACUGCUGAUGCUAUGGAUGAUGGGGGGCCAGCGGUCCGGUCUGGGGAUUCAGUCCAGUCCACGUCUUGGUGUGUAG